AGAGAGAGAGAGAAAGGAGAGAGAGUCUCACAAAUCAUACAGGUAGAGAGAGAAAGUUCACAAUAGUUGGAGAGAGAGAGAGAGAGACCCAAAUUAUAUAUUAAGAAAUCCCCAAAUCGUUUGCGAUUAGUUAGAGAGAGGGGGAGAAAUCAUGUGAGUUAGAGAGAGAAAGUCUCAUAAGGAAUUAGUUAGAGAGAGAAAGGAGGUGUUGGGGAGAGGAGGACGUGUACUUCAUCCGCAAGUUCGGGCCUCAUUCGACGGUAAGUCUAAUCAAAAUUUUCAAGCUUAUCUGCUAUUUGCCGAGAGACAAAAACUCAUCAUAAAGUUUUUAGAGAGAGAUUAUCCUCACACAAUUUCAUGUAAAAAAUAGCAGUCUUUUGGAAUUUGAGUGAGAUGCUCUCUAUAAUCUAGAGAGAGAAUAUCGCCUCAAAUUAAAGAGAGAAACGAGUAGUUUGUAGAGAGAAAAUAGAGUUCUAGUGAGAGAAUCCUACCCUGGAGUGAGGGAAAUUAUUGUCCCCAAGCAAGAGAAAUCACCAAAUUUAGAGAGAGAAACUCCUCCCAUUGGAGAGAGAGUGAGAAAUACAUAAGAGUGAGAAUCGAAUCUCCAAUCAGAAUUGGAGAGAGAGGAGGAGCACAGGAGAUCUUAGAGAGAGAGAGAGCCUCUUCCCAAAGAGGAGAGAGAAAAAAUAGAGAGAGAAGGAAGAGAGAGUCCCAUCUCUGAUGAGAACCGGAAAGAGAGAGCGAUAGCAGUGAGAAGACGAAGAAGGAGAGAGGUUAGAGAGAGAGAAUCCCAUUUCCAAACAGAAUUGGAGAGAGAGAGAACAAAAACUGAGGUUAGAGAGAGAGCAAGAAGAGAAGUUCUAGAGAGAGAGAGGAAUCGAAGAGUCGAUCUUCUGGAGAUGGGCGGGGAGAGCCUCCUGGAGGUGCUCAAUGUGCGCAUUGAGGGCUCCGGCAACCGCGUCAUCGUCCUCUCCCAUGGCUUCGGCACCGACCAGUCGGCAUGGCAACGAGUCCUUCCUUAUCUGCUCCGCGACCACCGAGUCGUCCUCUACGACCUCGCCUGCGCCGGCAGCGUUAAUCCUGACCACUUCGACUUCCGCCGCUACUCCACGCUCGACGCAUACGCAGACGACCUCCUCAAAAUACUCGAUUCCCUCGGCGUCAGCUCAUGUGUGUUCGUCGGCCACUCGGUGUCCGCCAUGAUCGGUUGCUUGGCCUCCUUAAGACGCCCAAAUCUUUUCCAGAAGCUUGUCCUCAUAGGGGCUUCGCCCAGGUUCCUGAAUGACAGGGACUACCAUGGAGGAUUUGAGCAUGGCGAGAUCGAGAAGGUGUUUGGCGCUAUGCAGGCCAAUUACGCAGCCUGGGUGGCGGGCUUUGCACCUAUGGCUGUAGGGGCAGAUGUCCCGGAAGUUGUUAGGGAGUUCAGUCGGACACUGUUUAACAUGCGUCCAGACAUCUCCCUGUUUGUGUGCCGAACCAUCUUUAACAGUGACCUUAGGGGCAUGUUGAGCUCAGUGAAGACCCCUUGCUACAUCAUACAAACUGCUAAAGACGUCUCCGUGCCAGCCUCUGUGGCCUUAUACAUCAAGGCUCACUUGGGUGGUAAGGCCACCAUAGACAUGAUGCCCACUGAGGGCCACCUGCCGCACCUCAGUGCUCCGGCAUUGCUACACCAAGCCCUGCGUCGAGCCUUGGCUCAACGUUGAGCUCGAUUUAGGGUCAUCCAGAUCUUCUCUCGGUUUUUAAAGGUGGUCUUGUUCUUUCUGAUCUCUACACAUUUCACUGCUUAGCAGGAAAUUAUCUUCCCACUAAGAAAAAAAAUUGUGCCUCAGUGAGGGAUUAAGGCAUAUGACCCCAAUUUAUAGGGGAUUAUCUUGUCCACGAGAGAGUUCUAGUGGGGCACAAACCAGGUGGAUUGUGGGUUGAUUCGUCUUUAUUUUUUCUUUUUCUUUUUUAAAUGAGAAAAAUAAGGAUAAUGCCACAAUUUGCGUGUUUUUGUCACAAUGAAUGGUACAUGUAAAUUUCAAAAGGUGAAAAUUAAUAGAGGAGUGCUUUUUGCUUUGCCCU